AUUGAAACUAUAAAUAAACGUAUUUAGAUAAGGCAUGUUCAUACUCAUAGAUUGAAAAUCAAUAAAUAUGGAAUCCUUUUUAGCAAAAUGACAUAAAGUUUUAAAAAAGUAGAACAAAAAUGCUCCCUGAGUUUUGUGUCCGUUUGCUGCCGCCAGAGUGCCUCACCGGAGCCUGACGCCAUGGUCGCCGGAGUCAUCGCCACGCCGGACGUUGCCGUCGCCGGAAUUAUCGUCGCCGGACCUAGGGUCGGAACCCUAGGCCGGUUCUUCUCUCCCCUGCUCCGAUCUGUUUUCUCUCGUCUCUAUCCGUCUCCGUAUAUGCCCCCUUUUUCCUGAUCUGUUCCCAUCUCUAUUAAUAGGGACAAGAGUUGUGUUUGGUUAUCUCUCCAAGUGUUCGAGUCCAACAGAGACUCGAUCUCUGCUCUGUUUCUUCUGAAUCUGCUUCUUGGUCAAUGGUCAUAAUGGAAGGGUAUGAUGAGAGCCUUUCUCAAAUCUCUUGGAGGUGGUGUUUGGAGAAGUGUGGAAACUGGAUGGUCUGAACCUCGCAAAUAUUCUGAGUACUUGACUACAUCAAAAAUCAAACCAUUUGAAGAGUAUAGCAGAACAGAAGCCAUUGCUGCUGAGUAUAAUGACAAAGCUUUAAAUGCAAUCUUCGGAGGAGUGGACUCUACCCAGUACAAGCUCAUCUCUAACUGUAACAAUGCCAAGGAAGCUUGGGAUGUUUUUGAGAUCACGCAUGAAGGAGAUGAGGAAGUAAAGACUGCCAAAUAUCAAAUUCUUAUGACUCAAUAUGAAAAUCUGUCCCGGCCCAUCCCAGAAAACAAGUUGGUAGUCAAGGUGCUGAGAUCACUUCCUAAAGAAUAUGAAAUGGACGUCAAAGCAUUCAGACGUUCUCACAAGAUUAAGACCAUGACUCUCGAUGCACUUAUGGGAAUACUGGAAUCAAUUGAACUCAACAUGGCAGAGGACAGUAAACAGCGUAAACCUGAUAGGCAGAUUGCAUUUCCCAGUACUGAGGUUGAAGAUGACCGUGAACGUGAUUUGUCACUAGAUGAAGAUUUCCAAGGCGACAUUCUUUACGAGGGCAAAGAAUGUCGCCUUUAAACACCUCUACAAGGAUAUAGAGGAGAAAGGCGGUGUUAAUCAACUGUUCCGGCUUGCUAAGAUGCGUGAGAGGAAGGCCCGAGAUCUGGACCAUGUGAGAUGCGUGAAGGGCAGCGAUGGUAGAGUGUUAGUUGAGACUACCAAGGUGGCUAAGCGCUGGGGGGAGUACUUUUGUGAACUAUUAAAUGCGGGAGGAGACU